AUGCGGCCCACCCAUCCACAUGGAAAUCGCAAGCUAAAGCCUUGUCGGUUUUAUGCUACCAAGAAAGGCUGUCGAAGCGGCGACGCUUGCCCAUUCCUGCAUGCGCCUUCUUCAACUAGAGACCAAGUCCCAGUCAACCCCCAAACCGAGGCAUCUACGACCACUGCUGCGACCACCCCCACGGCGAACCAUGUGCCUAAAGGGAGAUCAUCUAACCAACCAAAAAGUGUCGCCAAGCCAGUUUCAAAGGCACAGCAAGACUCUCCGCGAGAUUUCCAGAUUGGGCAAUUAACACGGAGGUUCCGUCCCAAAAAGGAAAGAGAUGAUAACGAGUCGGGCACAGCGCUUUCUUUUGGACUGGCGCCGACAGAUCCUGACUUUCCAUUCGACCUGAAUGAGCUACAAUGUGUACUGAAUAUUCCAAAUGAUUGGCCCUCGUUAUCGUUAACAUCGGCAAGACCGAAAUUGACUGUCACCAACCCUGAUAUGCCCAGGGGCUUUCAGAUCAAUGUUGAGAAGGGGUUUGAUGGCCUUGUUGAGACUGCUUUGAAAGAAAAUCGGCAAGUAACCUUGCUCAAUUUGAUGAAUAGCCUCGACAGACAUUUGGAGAGCUUCUUGACCGCAGAGAAGGCACCAACUAUCAAGAUCGUGGCUAAUCUGGGCAGUCCUGCUGGCGCUGUACCUGUACCACCUUCUUCUGUUACAACACCAAAGAUAGAAUCUUCCUCGGCGAAAAAGUCUAUAGUGCGAACUGUACCAGUCUCCAGACCAGUCAAGGUCGUCCAAAAGCCAAUACCAGUACAAUAUUCAGCCGAAGAACGUGCACAAGCCGAAAAGACAAGGAACUCCGAGACUCGACAGCUAGAAGCACGCCUGAAUCGGCUCCCACUUUACCAAAAGUCCUCAGACGGGCUUUCGUAUACCGUGCCUGUUACCCCUGGCAAGCGAGAACAGCUUCCAAUCAGCCUCAGAUCGACCAAAACUGUCAAACUAGUAGUUCCAACGUUGUAUCCGCUCGAAGCCAGCUCGGUAAAGUUUCAAGGGGUGGAAAACAAAGACUCUCGCGCUGUAGAGGCUGGGUUCCAGAAAUGGGUUCAACAGGGCGCUCAUGUGACGCUGAUGUCGCAGGUCAAUUACCUCGCGCACAACAUGCAUGUUCUCGUUAACACUCCGGUGUCGGAUGAUAUUCAAGAGGACGGGGGAAAAUUCAACGAAUACUACUACGACGAAAUUGUCGCCGAAGACUCGUCUAUACCCCAGACGGAGGAAACCCAGGAUAUGGACGAGACAGAGGCGGUUGAUACAGAACGGCCACAUCUCAAGGUCAUUCCUCGCCCGCCCGAAUGGUCAACGCCCAAUACAGGACCAGGAACAGACACAGACAGUGACGAUAUUACAAGCGAAAGUAGCGAGUCUUAUGAAGACGAAGACGAUGAAGGAGGUGCCCUAAUCCCCGAAUCAGCCACAACCAACGACAAACCACCUGCCCGCGGCAUCGCGCUGAACCUCCCCGGGCUGGAGCUGUACGGUAUCGAAAUUCUCGAGACCACGAUUCUGAGCUUGACCGUCAAAUGCGAGCGCUGCAAGGAGUAUACCGACAUCAAGAACAUCAAGCCGGCCAACGACCCCAGCGUCGUGUCGCCGGUGCGAGUCGAGUCGUGCAGGAAAUGCGCGAACUCAUUCAAUAUUGCCUUCCGCCGCGAACUCAUGCAUCCCACAUCCCAACGCGCCGGAUACUUGGAUCUUGAGGGUUGUACAGCCUUUGACCUGCUGCCAAGUAAUUUCCAGCCAACCUGCUCCGAAUGCUCAACCCCGUUUCCUGCCCCCGGACUCGUCGCUGUGCGUGGGACCAGCGCCGUGGCGACAUGCCGUGAAUGCCACCGAAAAAUGAAUUUCAAAAUACCUGAAAUAAAGUUCAUGAUUGUCGGACCAUCUGCAUGUAAGAUUACAACGAAGAAAUUGCUUCCGUUUGACCGAUUGAUUGAUUUGAAUUCGGCAGUGUCACACCAUCGACUCGCGGCGCCUCGACGGAAGAAAGAGAACCUGGGUAUUGUCGCUGGCCAGGAAUUACCGCAACGCGGACGAUGCACGCAUUACAGAAAGAGCCAUCGGUGGUUUCGAUUCAGUUGUUGUGCCAAAGUCUUUCCUUGUGACAGAUGCCACGAUGCAGCCACAGACCAUCCAAACGAACAUGCCAACCGGAUGAUAUGUGGCUUCUGCUCCCGCGAACAGAUAUACCGCCCCGAAGACUGUGCCUUUUGUCGAAACGUGGUAGUUGGCAAAGCCGGCAGUGGGUUCUGGGAGGGUGGAAAGGGGACACGCGACAAGGUGAAGAUGAGUAGGAAAGAUGCAAGGAAGUACAAACGGCGAUGA